AUGGGAGUCACCUGGUGGGUAGUUUAUAAUGAAAUAGAUCACAUCAUCGUCAAUCGAAAGUUUUGCCUGACUGACGUCCGCGGCUCUACACGGGGUCAGACCACCGACCGUCUCCUUCGCGCCAGAUUCCGCUUUUCAGUGCGUGGAGAGAGAGCUGCGAAGUUCAGGAGACGAAGCCACAGGACUGUCGUCAACUGGGAUCACUUCGCCUCGUUGGCGAGUCUGCGGGAAGAUUCCGUCAGCGACAACAUCGAUGAUGAAUACGACCGGCUCGUUGAACAUCUUCACGAGACGACUCUCUUCGAAGACUCUCGAGCUGAUACGCCAGCGUGGAAUCGCGCGAGCUCAUGCAAUAACCAGCUAACGUCCAAACUUGCGAAGCUAUGCAGAGCGAUAAAGGAAGGUCUGAAAGCGAGAGGAGCAGCAGUUUUGUCUGAAGCCGCCGAAUCUGGGAAGAGCAUUCACAAAGCCCGUGGGAGCUUCGUCAAUUAUAAGACCAAGAUGACUUCCCUUCAUAGUCCUGAAGGAACCGUUACUGCAUCCCGAAGGGCAAUGGAGAAGGUCAUAAGAUCAUAUACGACUACUACUGGAUCUCUUCGCCAGCCACGUCCACCUGCCUACUUACCGUCCUAG